CUGGGCAGAUCACACCGACAAGGCACAACAAGCCCAGCUGCCAUGGGGAAGGUAAACCUUCGAAACAGCUAUGAGGGAUCAUAGAGUAGAAUAGUAAAAAGGGUGUUCAUAGCAAUAUCAAUUUCAGGCAUUCCCAUUGAAUUCAUAUCAUCUUCUACGAAGACACGGACUAUGGUGGCCGUCACUUUGAAUGCAAUGGUGACUGCACAGACAUGCUCGGCCUUCUCAGCCGGUGUAACUCCAUCAAGGUGACAUGUGGAUGCUUCAUGAUCUAUGAGAAGCCCAAUUACACUGGCCAACAGUACUACCUGUGUCGAGGAGAGUAUCCUGACUACAAUCGUUGGAUGGGCACAAAUGACAACAUCAACUCAUGCCACAUCAUCUCCUCGGUGCCUGGAUCCUACAACAUGCGUCUCUUUGAGAGACUAGAGUAUGGUGGGCAGAUAAUGGAUCUGGUGGAUGACUGUCCCAGCGUCAUGGAUCGUUUCAACAUCAAUGACAUUUUCUCUUGCAAUGUGAAAGGAGGAAACUGGCUGUUCUACGAGCACCCAAACUACAGGGGGAGGAUGUACCUUAUAAAGCCUGGGUAUUACAGGAGAUUCAGCGAAUGGGGCGGCAGGAGUGCCAGAGUGGGUUCUAUUCGACGAAUCAUGGACUACUAAACAUACCAUCCUAUCAAUGAAUUGGACGUUGUGGCUGGCAUCUCUGUGGAUAGCUAGGACUCAUGGUGGGACAAUAGCUCAAUCACUCAAGUCAAGAGAUUGUAUACCCCACCCUCACUGCACGUUAAUGGAGAAUCAAAUUUUCUGUUAUUGGUAUAAAACACAAACAUAAAAGUAGAGAGAAGGUGAAAAUUAAAUCGGAGAAGAUGUCGAACAAACCACAAUGACAUGAUGGGAUAUAAGAAGUUCCAAGGAAAGACAACUGAUUACAAAGCCUAUGGGCAAAAAUUAUACUUUUAAAUUGGAAUAUCUUCAGACAAAAAACAAAGAGGACCAAUGCAAUACACACUUCUCAAUUUUAAAAUACCUGUAUUGUUAUGGCAUGUUCAGCUGAUCAGGUUAUUCAUUUUUGAUGUCAUAUUGACCUUUGUAUAUGAUGGACCAAUACUUAUCAAUGAUGAUCUCUGACUAUAUGAUUUGAUCACAUUCAGUCUGCAAAUGGUAGCAAGUCUCUGGCUCUGUUCUUGACCAAUGACUCAGUGCUACAAUAAACAAAUGGAAACAUGGAA